CAACAAUCUCGCCGUCGCGCGGCAAUCCUACGAACUCGCUUCUACCCCUGUUAUCAAUCUCGAAAUUCGGACCCCAAACACAUACGCUCUACGAUACCACGAACCCGAAUACACUCCAACAUGGCCGAACAAGUCAACGUCCUCCUUUCGUCCUUUCCAGGACUCUCGCUUCCCUCAACCGUCUCCUUCUCCCUCCCAUCCAUCUCGACCCUCUCAGACCUCACCGAGAAGGUCGUAUCUCUCCUUCCAUCGGCCGUGCCGUUCCAGUCGCUCAUCUUGACCACAACCAACAACAAACAAGUCGUCCCAUCCUCAGACCGUCUCCAAUCCCUUCUAGUUGCCCGCGAUGGCGAAUCCUCGAUCACCUCAAACCUCCUUCCCCUCCGCCUCACCGUCCCAUUAUGCGGAGGAAAGGGUGGUUUCGGAUCCCAGCUUCGUGCUGCCGGUGGGCGCAUGUCCAGUAAGCGUAAGCGCACCCAAGGCGACGACAAUGCAUCCAGCCGCAACCUCGAUGGCCGACGUAUUCGCACUGUCAACGAAGCCAAGGCCUUAGCUGAGUACCUGGCUGUCAAGCCUGAGAUGGACCAGAAGGAUAAGGAGGAGCGCCGGCGCAGGUGGCAGUCUGUCGUGGAGGUUGCGGAGAAACGUCAGGAGGAGUUGAAGAACGGGGGUGGGAAGCAUAAGGUUGAUGGUCAGUGGAUGGAUGAUAAGGAGGAGAUGAAUGAGAAGGCGCGCGAGGCUGUGAUGUUGGCUAUGAAGGAGGGCGCUUGGACUGAUAACCUUCGCGAUACGAUUAUGGGUGGAUCGAGUACGAGUGCCAGUGAAGGCAGUGAGAAUGCGGCAUCGUCUGGUUCUGAAGAAGAAAGCGAGGAGGAGGACAAGGCUGAGAGCUCAUCUGGGUCAAACCAGACAUCCGCGGCCCCUAGGAAGUUCAUCGGUUUCGACGACGAUGAUGAAUUCAUGAGGAUUGCCUCGAGGGCAGUCAAACUGCGUCAUAUUACUCCAACGCCUUUAUACCGAACCCGACUUAUCCCCAGAGUGUUACCGUCGCGGUCACUUUUCUCGCCAAAAUCAUUUUCCGGUCACAGCACAAUCAACCAGCGACGCAACCUCUCUUCAAGUAUCCAGCCAUGCGCAAAUCUAGAUACAGUCACGAAUACCCUUCCCAUCUGCUGCCCCGGAUGCGGAGCCUACGCGCAAACGAUCGAACCCGAUGAAUUGGGCUUCUACGGCGAGGGCAGGCGGCGAAAGAUUGCUAAGGGCCAGCCAACACCCAAGGAGGGAGACAAGGAUGCGGAGAAUACCGAGGAGUUGAAGACUGAGGGGGAGGCCGCGGCAGAAAGAAUCGAGAAGGUGCUUCGGGAUGCAGAAGAGAAAGGAUACACGAGGCCUGCGCCUAAACAUGGAGCCCUGCUUGAAAAAGCAGCUAGUACCGCCAGUCGAUACCUCGAAGCGUCCACCUCUCGCGCGCCGGUUUGCGACAGAUGCCACGACUUAAUGCACCACAAUAAAGCAGUAUCCGCGCCCUCACCUACGAUCGACUCUGUUCGAGCAUUCCUCGACGAAUCGCCGUACAAGCAUAACCGUAUCUACCAUAUCCUCGACGCAGCAGAUUUUCCCAUGUCCGUCAUCCCCAAUAUAUACGAAGCCCUUUCGCUCCAGGAGCAGCUCUCGCGGAAUCGGAGGGCUACGGACGACAAGUACCGGGGAAGCAGGAAGUUGCCUACGAUAUCGUUCAUUAUAACACGCUCCGAUCUCUUGGCUGCGACGAAAGAUCAGGUGGAUACGAAGAUGGAGUACAUGCGCUCUGUGUUGCGUCAGACAUUGGGGAAAGACGCGGAAGAUGUGCGGCUGGGAAAUGUGCAUAUGAUUAGCGCCCAUCGGGGGUGGUGGACUAAUAAAGUCAAGGAGGAGAUUAAAGACCACGGUCAGGGGAUUUGGGUGGUUGGCAAAGCCAAUGUUGGGAAAAGCAGUUUCAUCGAAGCUUGUUUCCCCAAAGACUCGAGGAAUCUGGAGAAGAUUACAGAGCUGGUUGAACGCCGUCGUCAGGAAGGGUUAGACGUUGCGAAUCAGCAGAGCCAAGCCCAAGCUCCCAUGCUUGAUCCUGACAGUCUUUUACCACCUGCUCCUCGGGAGGAUCUCUAUCCUGUUCUUCCGGUGGUGUCAUCACUACCUGGGACUACCGUUUCGCCCAUCCGUAUUCCGUUUGGUCGCGGAAAGGGCGAGAUGAUUGAUCUGCCCGGACUCGACCGUGGCCAGUUAGAAGACUACGUACGCGAUGAGCACAAGCGCGACCUGAUCAUGUCCAAGCGACCGAAGCCGGAACAUCUUUCUAUCAAAGGAGGCCAAUCUCUCCUCCUCGGCGGCGGACUCAUCAGAAUCACACCGGUAAACCCAGACGACGUGUUAAUGGCAGCCUGCUUCGUCCCUCUAGACACCCACAUCACAAAGACCGAAAAGGCAAUCGAAAUGCAAGCCGAAACACGGCCAUACCGCGGCGAGGCCAUCGCCAAGGAAGGCCUCAGCCAAGUGAUCAAAUCCGCCGGAGCCUUCGAGCUAAAACACGACGUUACAAGAUCCCACCUGCCAACUUCGAUCGCCAAAGCUGUGGAAGACAACAAAGCCACACCGCCUCCCUUACCGUACAAAGUGAUGUCGACCGAUCUUUUGAUCGAGGGCUGUGGAUGGGUCGAGCUCACGGUGCAGGUCCGGGCCAAGUCGAUAUCGGCGGACGCGGAGUCACCAAGGUCCUUGCCCCAGGUCGAGGUGUUCAGUCCGAACGGUCAACACAUUGGAUCGCGGAUGCCGAUUGAGUGUUGGGAAUUCAUUGCGCAGAAGAAAGCGUCUGAUAAGCGCAAGCGAGGGCCUCGGGGUCGGCAGAAUAUCGGUCUGCAGAGGCGGGCUCGGUAGUAUAGUUGGCAUAGGAUAUGGGUUGGAUGUCAUGUUGUUAUGUUGAUAUACGUGUCUUUUUCUGUUCUUAAAUAGCUGUAGCAUAGCGAUUGGUGUUUUAUGUGGGAUAUACGAUUGUGUACAAUACUCUACUCUUUCUCCUUACAUACAUUUAUAUUCAAUGAUCAACGGGAUUUUCUAG